AUGUCGUCCAUCAUUCAGCCUCAUGACGAUUACCAAACUUCGGAUAUUGCCCGCCAUGAGGCUCACUGGCGUCCUCCGUGCUUGUACGUUAUCACAACCCGUCUCUUCCUUCUCCGUAUGACACGACCGCUGUGGCGCCAGACUCGCAGCACAGAUAUCUUCCAAGUCCAGACCUUGAGCAUGUCUGACAAGUCGCUACCUCAGGCUGGCAUCUUCCCGCCGGCAACCAUUGCCCGCUCUCACCACGCCCGCGAUGCCGCCCAGACCGUGAGAACCUCGGACGCGUACACGCACACAGUCAGAGGGGGGCAACAUUCUGUCAUUGUGAUGGUCUAG